UCAUGAACUGCGCGCUAACCUUUGGUGAACUUCAUUGAUAUGAACAUGUUGAUAUGGGAAAGGAUUUUCCAUCAAUUUGAUAAUAAUGAACCGCGUUAUAUGUACCCUGCCUACAAAUACAAUCUCUGUCUCCUUGUCAAUUAACCUUGCUACAAAACAAUAGCUCAAUGAUCAGAUAACAUUACAUUCAGAUGAAGCAUGCGAGCGAAAAGUAGAAAGGUUUAAGCUCUCAACGAUAAUCCACAUAUGAAUCUUGUCGCCACCAGGUCAUAUUGUGUAUGCUCUAUAUAUGGUCAUAUAACCACGAUCAAACUUCUACCACGACUUGGUUGUUUGCUGGUGAUCUUUGCAUCCGGACCAGUAUAGCAUGGUUUAACGUUGAUAUCCGCAAAUAAAGUUUAGUCUUUGGGCGUCCUGAGAAGAUCAUGGCUCUGGUGUUGCACCGUUUCUCAAACUCAUUCAUACUCAUUCUGCUUUGCUGGUUUCUAAUCGACGAGGUUGAUCUUUUUGACAAUAAAGUGAAAUUGGAGGUUCUGCUAACAAGAUUUUCCAAUCCGCACAACAGAAAUGCAUUAAACCAAUGCUGCGAUGGCAGGAAGGACGCUCUGAAUUGCACAAGGAGUUGUGAUGUUUUCUUCGCCGUUUGCGUUCGAGCAAGAUGUCGUACGUCCAGCGUUAUUCUACGCAAUACCUCUGAGUUCACAUCCUCGCACGAGAAUUUUUCUUUGUCAAGCGAAAGCUUCGCUGGCAGUUCUGUUUCAGUGAAUGUAAAUCUCCGGAGCGAUGCUUCAUUUACAAUACUUAUUUAUGACGACGAUUCAAUUGAUGGAUCUCCCUCCCUUGGUAACCGAUCGUCUUAUGAAGACAUCGUCAACUUUAGUCGUCCAUUACCAAAGGCGAUCAACUCCAUUUCCGUCCAAAAUUUCUCCAAGAAUAAUAUAACAGUCGAGUUUCUGUAUCGCCUAAAGUGCGGUAAGAAUUAUUAUGGAGAGCAAUGCGACACUUUUUGCAGCGAGAGAAACGACAGGUUUGGUCAUACGAAAUGUCUUGCAAACGGGACGCGCAUCUGUCGUGCUGGUUGGAAAGGUGAUCUUUGCACGACGCCAAUCUGUUCACCAGAAUGCACAAUUCCCUAUGGAACUUGUGACAGUCCUGGCUUUUGCAAAUGUUUAAAUGGAUGGGAUGGUUCAUUGUGUAGAGUUUGUAUAAAUGCUCAUAAAUGCGUCCAUGGAACCUGUGAUCAUCCAUUGGGGCCGUGUAACUGCGAGAAAGAUUGGACAGGAAUAAGCUGUGAUAUAUUAAUGAAUUACUGCUCAAUUUACACGCCAUGCGUCAACGGCGAGUGCUUCAACCACAACGAGAAAAACUUCACUUGUCGAUGUUAUCCCGAUUGGGAUGGACCCAAUUGCAACGAAUGUAAGUUUUAUUUCUCUGAAAAAAAAACAAUCAUUUUGCUUCGUACUCUCUGUCCCCGGUCGUGCAAUCGCAGUAACGCGGAAUGCCCAAAACGGAAUCAGUGCAAAUGUAAAGAUAAUUGGUCCGGGCCAGAUUGCAACCAAUGCGUACCAUCGUCCAACUGCACGCAUGGAUAUUGUGUCAAACCUUUGGAGUGCAUCUGCAAAGAGGGCUGGAAAGGAGAGAAUUGCAACGAGACCACAGUGCCUAAAUCAUUUUGUAGUCAGCGGAAUCCAUGUCAAAACGCCGGCACAUGCGUGGACGGCGCUAAGGGCAACUAUAGUUGUGAAUGCAAGCGAGGAUUCACUGGACGAAAUUGCCAAUUUGUAGCUGUAGUUCCUUGUCCAAAAUGGUGCGAGGAAAGCCGUGGUAGCUGUCAAGAUGGCAAGUGCAGAUGCAACGCUGGUUGGAAAGGCCCAAAUUGCAGUGAAUGUGUUAGAAAUUCAUCCUGUGUGAAUGGUUUCUGUCGUCAACCGUUCGAGUGUUUGUGCAACGAAAGCUGGACCGGUCCAUUUUGCAACACAAGUAAAAUAAGAUGUUCCUCAAGAGACAACAGCUCGCGUUGUGGUAACACUGUAUCAGUUGAAACAGAAGAGUCGACAUCAGACACUGACCGCAUUAUCUACAUUCUGUCGAGCAUCCUAGUUGUACUCCUUCUUAGUGUCAUAGUUUGCCUGAUACGAAGACGACAUCGGAGGCACGCGACAUUCAACGUACCGCCUUCGGGGAUCGUCGCGAACCACUGCGUGGUGCCAUCUUACACGGCUGGGAAUGGUGUGGAGAGCAAUGGCAUUGCUUUAAAUAAUAAUAAUCCGUCGAAACCUGACUUGGAAAAGAAAAAGUCCCCGGAGAUCGUUUUAAAUCCAGUGGCCUUACAACCCUCGCAGAAUUCUCGAAGCACGUUGAUUGAUAACGGGCCAGAGAUCUACGAGCCUGGUUGCGUCAUCACGAACGAGGAUAACUCGUUGCACGGGACGAAAUAUUGCAUCAUAUAGCAAACAAUGAACGGCAAGCAGACACGAGUUGGCUGCGUUGCCAGAUGAGAUAAACAACGUUGUUGUCAACGAGGAUGUCAUCGGCGAAAAUAUUCUGAUUCCUAAUUGUGAAUUGGAUGAUAUAGGAGGGAAAUGGCUGACCAUUUGAGUGUAGGUCGCGUGCGCACUGCUUAAUGUAAGUAUGU